UGGGGUUUUCCUUAAUCAAUGCACAAUGCUCUGAAGAAAAAACUGCAUGAAUAUGAUAGGAUAUGUUUCGAAGAAACAAGCUAUUAUUAACUCAACUAAGAUUAUUUGAACAUAUAUAAAAACAAAACUUGCGGAAAGUUGCAAACACUUUAAAUACACAGUCGGAUAUAGGAGACAUAAAAUAUUUAAAUAUUUAUUUUUGAAAAAAAAAAGAAAUUUUGAUAAUGCAAGAAAAAUGUUUGUUAAAGAAGAUGAACAACUGGUCGCUGUCAAUAUGGAUGCUUGUUGUGUUUUUGUUGACUGGGUGGGUUCUGAAUAUUGUUAGUUUUGCAGUACCUUAUUGGAAUAACGAGAAACCCGUGCAUUGGGGAUUGUGGCAAAUGUGUCAUGAAGCUACUGGUUGUGAAAUAAUCUCAAAUGAAAAUCUUACAGGUAUGAUGCAAACAGGAAGAGUUUUCCUGACCAUAUCAGUUGUUUCCUAUGUCACCCUCAUAAUCCUGGUUGUUCUUUAUUUAUUUUGGAAAAAUAAUCUACGACUUUUAUCAGCCGCCGCUGUUACAUCGUUUUUAACACUUGUAGGUUUAUUUCUUGGCGCAAUACUUCGGAUCUCGGAUUCAAACAGACGCUUUUUUGGUGUUAUUAUCUGUGUUAUGCAAGCGCUUUCCUAGCUUCCGCUUCCGGUGGCGUCAUUUUGCACGUGCGUCGACAGGAAAGACUUAGACUAGCCGGAAUUCAAGAGCAGCAAAUUGACAUUGGAAUUUAAAUGAUUAGAAAUAAUUAUAUUGAACAUACAUAUCAUUAAAUGUGUUUAAACAGAAUUACGUAUAUUCUAAUUUAUUUUUAAAGCUUAUAUGCUAAAUUGCAAACUACUUAUGUUGAUGUGUAUAUGAUUUGACUUUGUAGCAUUAUUGUAUACCAUUAAGUGAACAUGUUUGUUUAGUUGUUAUUAUUUU